AUGUUCGAGGCUGUUCCAGACGGCGGUCUGCUCGUGUACUACGAAAAUCGCGGUGCAGUCGACGCGAGCAACGGCGGGCCCGGGCUUCGCGCGUUCCCGCCCGGGUUGAGGAUGGUAAGCGGGGACCCGCAGAGGCGGGCGCGGAGAUAUACCACGGGCGAGGGGUCGCAGGCCGAACUGGCGGAACGCGCGGUCGAGUGGGAGUGUUUGAGGUAUACGACGGGCGGGGCGGCCGCGGCGGGGUAUAAUAGCGUUGAUAAUGGUGAGUCUUGUCGUUUACGUGCUCGUUUGGUUUGGGAGUGGGUGGUUGGGAUAAGUGUUGAUACUGAUGGUGCGGUUGGUGUACUUGCCAUACAGGACCAGGGUUCCCGAACACCGAUUGCGAGGUUAGUCGUCCUCGCCAUUAAGUAG